AUGGGCAAGAAAGACAAGAAGCAACGUCUCGAAGGAGCCGAACUUUCUGUGAGUUUUUCAUUGGGUUUUUUGGGUAAAAAACAUGGAGAAGGGAUGGAAAAUGAAAAAAGGAAAAUUUUUGGGACCGCCCGUUUUGGAAUUUGCGCGGGAAAUGGGAUUUUUGAGGAAUUUAUUGAUUUUUGUCUAGAAAACAGGGGGAUUUAGUAUGGAAAAGGUUUAGGGAGAGGAAAAUGGGGAUUUCACAGAUUUUGAGCCAAAAACUCUGAUUUCCUAUGAAAUUACAUGUGAAAACGAGCAUUUUGAGCUUGAAAAUCGGGUUUUUUCAAGUUUCCAUUCAAAAAAUGCGCAAUUUUCCCAUUAUUCCAGGAAGCUCAACACAAAGGUUCAUUCCAACUUCCAUCCUCAAACGAUGGUCCAAAACUCGACGCCUCUCAAUGGCCACUUCUCUUGAAAAACUACGAUAAACUCAAUGUUCGCACCAGUCACUACACUCCACAUACCGAAGGAGUUUCUCCACUCAAAAGAGACAUCAAAAGCUACGUCUCGUCUGGUUUCUUCAAUUUGGACAAACCAUCCAAUCCAUCGUCUCACGAAGUUGUUUCAUGGAUCAAGAGAAUUCUCCGAGCUGAAAAAACUGGUCACAGUGGAACACUUGAUCCAAAAGUGUCGGGUUGUUUGAUUGUUUGUAUUGAUAGAACUACACGAUUGGCUAAAUCUCAACAGGGAGCUGGAAAGGAAUAUAUGUGCAUUUUCAAGUUGCAUGAAGCUGUUGAUGAUGAGCGAAAAGUGAGACAGGCUUUGGAGAAGUUGACCGGAGCGCUUUUCCAACGUCCACCUUUGAUCUCGGCUGUUAAACGGCAAUUGCGUAUUAGAACUGUUUAUGAGAACAAAUUUGUUGAAUAUGAUCCUGAACAACAAAUGGGUAUUUUUAAGUGAGUAGGAGGUUUUACAUGAAAAAUUCAUAUUUUCAAAAUUAAAACUCAAUUUCCACGUCAUAGCUUGAAAAGGGAAUUUCAGCACGUGAACUAUGACGUGGAAUUUGAGUUUUAAUUUUGAAAAUAUGGAUUUUUCAUAUAAAACUAUAGUUGGACAUCGACUAAAUGACAUUGUCAUGUUUUUUAAGCAAAUGAGUUGAAAUAUUGGAUUCUAAUGUUAUUCAUAUGGUAGAAUGGUCUAAGACAAACAGAAUGAUAUAAAUUUGGAUGAAUUUACGUUAUCCAUAAGUGAUUUAGCGAGGCUUAGGCGAUAAGCCGUUAAAUCACUUAUGGAUAACCUAAAGUCAUCAAAAUUAAUAUCAUUCUGUUCGUCUUAGACCAUUCUAUCAUAUGAAUAACAUUAGAACCCAAUAUUUCAACUCAUUUGCUUAAAAAACAUGAAAAUGUCAUUUAGUCGAUGCUCAACUAUAGUUUUAUCUGAAAAUUCCAUAUUUUCACGAUUUUUUGAAAAUCUAAGAAUUUCAGCUCUGGAAACCCUGAUUUCUAAUAAAAUUUAAUGAAAAUCUAGAUUUUUUAGCUUGAAUUUCAUAAAUUUCAGCUUUCAAAUUACGAUAAAAUGCCAGAUUACCUAGAAAAAUCUAGAAUUUUCUUUCUAGGAAUUCAUGAGCUCAAAAUUGAGCCCUAAUCUCAAACCCCCUGAUUUCCAGCUGCGUCUGCGAAUCCGGAACCUACGUGCGAACAAUCUGCGUUCAUCUCGGUCUCAUUCUCGGCUGCGGUGGUCAAAUGCAAGAACUUCGCCGUAAUCGCUCCGGCAUCUGCGACGAAAACGAACAAAUGGUCACCAUGCACGACGUUUUGGAUGCGCAAUACUUGCUCGACACGCAAAAAGACGAAAGUUAUAUGCGACAUAUUGUUCAACCGCUCGAAGCGUUGCUCACUCAACACAAACGCAUCGUUGUUAAGGAUAGUUCGGUUAAUGCGAUUUGCUAUGGUGCAAAGAUCUUGAUUCCUGGCGUUUUGCGAUUUGAUGAUGAUAUUGAAGUUGGAAAAGAGAUUGUUAUUAUGACCACUAAGGGUUCGUACAGGAAAAUUUAUCUUUCGCGCAGCGGCCACGUGGAUUACUAUGAUAUGGCAAACGUCAUAUUAAUCCGCGUGGCCGCUUCGCGGAAGAUUCCGGCUUACACUCGCGCAGAGCGCUCGGGUCGAGCGGAGCGAGUGUAGACCGCAAGCUUCCGCGUAAGCGGCCACGUGGAUUACUAUGAUAUGGGAAACGUCAUAGUAAUCCACGUGGCCGCUGCGCGGAAGCUUGCGGUCUACACUCGCUCCGCUCGAAAAUCCACGCGGAGCGAGUGUAGACCGCAAGCUUCCGCGUAAGCGGCCAUGUGGAUCACUAUGAUAUGGCAAACGUCAUAGUAAUCCACGUGGCCACUAAAGCGGAAGCUUGCGGUUUACACUCGCUCCGCUCGAAAAACCUGUUUUUCACGAUUCCGUUGUCAAAAACAACUUAGCUCAACUCUAAAUAUGCGCUAUGACGUGGCAAAAUUCGAAAAAUCACUUUGAGAUGAAAACUAGCUUCAAAAAUGAUUUUCUUGCAAAUCUAAUAGAAUAUGGUUGUUCAGGAAGGUCGACUACAUAAUUUUUGAAUUCAUCUGAACUCAUGUGAUCGACACUUCUGAGCAACCAUAUUCUAUCAGAUUUGCAAGAAAAUUCAUUUUUGAAGCUAGUUUUCAUCUCAAAAAGUGCUGAUUUUUCGAAUCUUGCCACGUCAUAGCGCAUAUUCAGAGUUGAGCUAAGAAGUUUUUGACAACGAAAUCGUGAAAAAAUUAAUUUCAGUUCAUUAGAAAUUCUUAUAAAACAUGUUUCCCAGUAGAUUUUAACCUGUUUUUCACGAUUUCGUUGUCAUAAACAACUUUGCUCAACUCUCUAUGAUGACGUGGCACAAUUUAACCAGUGUCUUUACGAGAUUAUAAAUAGCUUCAAAAUUUAAUUUUCUUUAAAAAAAACCAUUUUUGAAACUAUUUGUAGACUUAGUGGCUUCAAAAAUGGUUUUUUUCAUAAAAAUUAAAUUUUGAAGCUAUUUGUAACCUCGUAAAGUCACCAAAUUUGCCACGUCAUCAUAGAGAGUUGAGCUAAGUGGUUUUUGACAACGAAAUCGUGAAAAACAGAUUAAAAUCUAUCAGGAAACAUGUUUGAUAAGAAUUUCUAAUGAACUGAAAUUAAUUUUAGGUUAAAAAUUCAGAUUUUCAACCUAAAAAUUCAGAUUUUCAACCUAAAAUUUCAGAUUUCAACCUAAAAAUUCAGAUUUUCAAGCUAAAAAUUUAGAUUUUUAAGCUAAAAAUUCAGAUUUUAACAUAAAAAUUCAGAUUUUCAACCUAAAAAAACCCCAUUGAUUUUCUUCCAGGAGAAGCAAUUUGUAUUGCAAUUGCUCAAAUGAGCACAUCAACAAUCGCGUCAGUCGAUCACGGAAUUGUUGCCAAAUCGAAACGUGUCAUCAUGGAACGAGAUGUUUAUGGCCGAAAAUGGGGAUUGGGACCGGUUGCAUCGAAAAAGAAGCAAAUGGUUAAGGAUGGAUUGUUGGACAAGUUUGGAAAAUCGACUGACAAAACACCCAAAUCUUGGGCUAAGGAAUAUGUUGCCACCAAUGUUAAGGAGGUACUUUUUUGGCUGGGAAAUCAGGAAAAAUGGCUGAAAUCCACGUGGAAAAUUGAUUUGUCUGAUCGGAAAUAUGGGAAAUUUGGCUGAAAUGUGAAAAUUAUGAAUUUCGAAUAUUUGCCUGGCAAAUUUUGCCACGUGGAUUUUCAGCUGAAAAUCCACGGAAUUUCUAAAUUUUGAUACGUGGAAAAUUUUUUGAAUAAAAACUACAGUAACCCUUUGAAAAUUGGCGCGAAAACAUGAAUUUUAAGCCUACGAAAAAGCCACGUGGAUUUGAAGCAACUGAAAAAUCCUCUUGAAAGUUUUUUUCAAAAAUUUUUGAAUCCAAAAAUUGAUUUUCGUCUAGAAAUCUCUGAAAAUUCUGAAUUUUGGCCCUUGUUUUGUUGCAACGUGGAUUUUUCAAAAUAGAAAAAUUUCAGCUGAAAAUCCACGUGGCACAGUAAUCCAAAUUUUGACACGUGGAAAGUUUGAAAAUUAGCUGAAUUUAUCAAUUUUCAAAGCCCUAGAAUUCUUUAGCUCCAGAAAAAUUGAAAAUAACUAAAAUUUGUGAUUUUUUACUGAAAAUAUCCUAAUUUUAAAGUUUUCAAGCCAAAUUUGAUCUGAAAUUCAACUAAAAACCUGAAUUUUGGCCCUUAUUUCGCUGCAACGUGGAUUUUCUAAAUUUUGACACGUGGAAAGUUUUUGAAUCUACAAAAUACUACAGUAACGUUGGAAAUUGGUGCGAAAACCUAAAUUUUAAGCUCACGAAAAAGCCACGUGGAUUUUUAGAUUUUAGAGUUUCAGCUAAAAUUCUGACAAAAUCAAUUUUUUUCAGAAAAUUUUUCCACGUGGAUUUUUAGAUUUCAAAGUUUUCAGCUAAAAUUUAAAAAAAAAUCAAUAAUUUUUCAAAUUUUUCUAGGAGCCAGCCGCUGAAAACGGAGCCGCCGCCGCCGAAGAAGAAGAGGAGCCAGUGAAGCCGAAAAAGAAGAAGGUUGUUGUCAAACAAGAGGAAUCGAGCAGCGAUAGCGAAUAA